AUGACUAUGAUAAGUCUGGAAAUGCUGGGCCGCGAGGCUCUGCCUUUGGAAGGGAUGUAUCGGCGCGCUCGUCAAGAUGUCUUGACACCGCCGCGCGACAGCCCGGAGUCACAAAACGGCCGGCGGAACGGUAGUAGCGCCGGGAACGUUGCGAGCGUCGCGAGCUUCGACGGGGCUCCUCGCCGCGAGAUGCACCCCCUGGACCAACCGGCCGUGGAGCUUGGCUUGCCGCCGAAUCUGCCUGAAACCCUCUACUCUUCGAUACCAAAGUGCGGAGGCUGCCAGGAAGUGAUUCUGGACAAAUAUGUUCUGGCAGUCCUGGAGAGGUGUUGGCACGCCAGGUGUCUCACGUGCCGUGAUUGCGGCGCCAGGUUGACCGAUAAAUGUUUCUCGAGAAACGGCCACGUUUUCUGCAAGGACGACUUCUUCAAGCGUUUCGGGACGAAAUGCGCGGGCUGCGGCCAGGGACUGGCACCAUCGCAAGUCGUGCGUAAGGCGCAGGAACUCAUCUAUCAUCUGACGUGUUUCUCGUGCGCCCUUUGCUCCCGGCAACUGGACACUGGCGACGAGUUCUAUCUCAUGGAAGACAGGAAGCUCGUUUGCAAGCCGGACUACGAGCAGGCAAGGGCGAAAGAACUGGCAGAGGGAAGCAUAGACGGCGACCAGCCAAAUAAAAGGCCGAGGACCACAAUCACAGCAAAGCAGCUGGAAACAUUAAAAUUAGCGUACAACACCAGCCCUAAGCCAGCGAGGCACGUGCGGGAGCAACUUUCUCAGGACACAGGACUCGACAUGCGUGUCGUUCAAGUCUGGUUUCAAAACAGGAGAGCGAAAGAGAAGAGACUGAAGAAAGACGCCGGCAGAACAAGAUGGUCGCAGUACUUUCGAAGUAUGAAAGGGACGGGGGCUGGUGGGCAUUCACCGAGGCACGAUAAACUUCUUGAUAAGGACGAGCUGAAGGUCGACUUGGACUCCACCUUCGGGCACCACGAUUUGAGCAACGACAGUUAUGGAACGGUGGUGAACAUGGGAUUAGAUGGCGAAGGCGCGAGUCCAGGUGGCGGUGGAAAUGGUGCAGGCGGGGGCCCUCCACGUGGUUACUUAGGCGCAACGACUCCCCCCUAUCUCUCAACGUCCAGAUCACCGUCCUUACCACCUCAGUUCCCGUAUCCGCCGGACGCUGGCCUCUCCGUUUACACCACCCUCGGAGCCGCAGGUGGUAUGGUACCAGGACCGGCGUCGGAUUUGAGCAACGAGUCGAGCGGAGGCGGCGGGGGCGGCGGCGGCGGAGGCGGUGGUGGUGGUUACCCGGACUUUCCACCCUCGCCGGAUUCGUGGCUCGGCGAACCGCCACCUCCGCACGCUCACCACCAUUCCCACUACGGCACAUAACCCGGCAAA